GCAAAAAAGCCAUGCGCCAUUUUUUUCUCACUGGUCGACCAUAAAUUUGAGCAAUGGCGUCUCAAAAUUACUUCGGACUUACUCAUGGCGGUGCGCAGUACAGCAGCCAGCCCCAGCAGAGUACGUAUGCCCAGCACACUGCUCAACCCCAGGCAGGACAUGUCUACCAAACAGCAACACCAGUAGCUGCACAUCAGACUACGUAUGCAUCUACAGUCACACCUAGGCAAACCCAGGCAGCCUCUGGCAUGUCUGGGUAUGAGACUGGUUAUGCCACUGUAGCAGCAGCCACGCACCAAACAGGACAGUAUGGUUACAGCACCCAGCAGAGACAGGAUACCCAAGCCCCGACCCCAGCACCAGCCCAGACCUACCGUGAGUCUUACAACUAUGUCCAGUCUACCCCGGUAGCGACAUCCUAUGAGAAGCAGUCUUACUACCAGCAACCCCAGGCACAGCAUAACACUACUGAUACUUACUAUCAACAAACCAACAAGUAUGGUAAGACAGCUGCUGCUAAGCAGACUGCAUACUCCAAUACAGGGUCAGCUUCAGCCUACACCAGCCAUCAACAAGCAGCAGUCCAGAAACCUGCUCAGACUAAGACUGUGGUGACGUACGCCUAUGCACCCCAGACAACAACUCAGACGUAUGCUAGUACCCCAGCUACGACUUCCUAUUCAGCUAAGGAACCAGCAACAGCCGCAGCAGCAGCAGCUGCAGCUAACUCCUACUCCAGCUAUGACUCCCUGGUGUACUCGGCAGCGACAUCUUACUACCAGCAACAGCAGCAACAAGUCGGCAAGAUGGGAUCCGGGUGGGGCUUUAAGAGCGGCGGCGGCGGCGGUGGUGGUGGUGGUGGUAACAAGACCAACUACACCCAGAAUAAGUUCCCACCUAAGAAAGAUAGGCAGCCGCCUAAACAGCCACAGAUACACUAUUGUGAAGUGUGUAAGAUCAGCUGUGCUGGGCCACAGACCUACCGUGAGCAUCUUGAGGGACAGAAGCACAAGAAGAAGGAGCAGAGUCAGAAGGAAGCCACUCCCAUCGGCCGUCCAGGUCAGAUUGGGUUGAGAUGUGAGCUUUGUGAUGUCUCUUGCACUGGUCUGGAUGCUUACAACGCUCAUAUUAAAGGGGCUAAACAUCAGAAGGUAUUGAAGCUCCACACCAAGCUGGGUAAACCCAUCCCGUCCUCAGAUCCCAUUAAAGUCAGCACUACCACCAGCACAUCGGCCGCUACCACUGGGAACAAGACAGCUGCAGCUGCAUCUACUACUGCUAAACCUAAACCACUCAUCAAGAAGGUGGUCACUCCUAAAAUCACAUUUGUUGGAGGUUCCAAGUUGGCAUCUACAAGUGAGGCAGAUAAGAAGGUUGAUGUGAAGAUGGAGGUUGGAGCUAAUGCUGCUGAGGGCACUACUGCUGAAGUCAAAGAGGAUCUGUCUGAGUUUGAGAAGGAGAUCAUCCCCGUUGGAGAGGAUUACAUUGAUGAGAUUAAGAAUGAAGAGGGAAAGCUGAUCAGCUUCAACUGUAAGCUAUGUGAGUGCAAGUUCAAUGAUCCCAAUGCCAAAGAUAUGCACAUGAAAGGAAGACGCCAUCGUCUACAUUACAAAAAAAAAGUGGACCCAAGUUACUCUGUGGACAUGAAGCCAUCAAACCGCACUCGCAAGGUGCAGGAAGAGAAGAUGAGACGACAGUUUGCCAAGGAAGAAUUCUUCCGUCAAUGUGAAGAAAAUCGCUGGCAAGAUGAGAUCAGUGUCUUCCCCCAUCCCAGACGUUAUGAGGAGGACAUGUACUGGCGUCGCAUGGAGGAGGAACGUUACUGGGAGGAGAGACGCAUCUUUGAGGAGGAGAUGGAGUUCUUUGAGUGGCAGCGUCGUCGUGGCAUCCCUCAUCCCCGUCCUGUACCCCCUAAGAUGCCAGGGCAGAUGGACGCCAUGAAGAGACCUGACUCUGAGAUUGACCGUCAUGUUAUGGCUAAACAUACCGCUGUGUACCCAUCAGAACAAGAGCUCCAGUCAGUGCAAGCAAUGGUCUCCAAUUGUGAGAAGGCUCUCAAGUUAGUCUCAGACUUCUUGGCUGAAGCCGAUACUCCAGCUGAACCCGAGGAAGACAAGGCUAAGGUGAAGGAGGAGCCUAAGACAGAAGCCAAAGAGAAAGAGGGUGAAGAGAAGAUGGAUGCUGAAGGCUCCGCAGCCAAGGCUGAUACCACAGUGCGUGUUCUCAAGGGAGUGAUGCGUGUUGGUGUGCUGGCCAAGGGGUUACUCCUCAAGGGUGAUCUGAACAUGGGACUGGUCGUACUCUGUGCUGAGAAACCUACUCGUACCUUGCUGGAACGUGUUGUAGAUGCUCUGCCCAAACAGCUAACGGAAGUGACCGAGGAUAAGUAUGACAUGAAGUUGAGCGUUGAGGAGGCUGGCUUCGUUGUGAGCAGCUUGACUGAGCCCAAGAUGACGAUGAAAGUGACCCUGACGUCUCCCGUCAUGCGUGAUACAGCAGCUGAUGCUGCAGAUACUGCUAAAGAUCCUCCAGACGUCUUGGACAGGCAAAAAUGCCUGGAAGCCUUGGCUGCAUUACGCCAUGCUAAGUGGUUUCAGGCUAGGGCAACUGGACUGCAAUCCUGCGUCAUGAUCAUCCGCAUCCUGAGGGACUUGUGCGAACGUAUUCCAACUUGGGCACCUCUCAAUGGCUGGCCAAUGGAGCUUCUCUGUGAACGAGUCAUCGCUAGCCGUGGUCAACCUUUGAGGCCUGGAGAUUCUCUACGUCGUGUCUUUGAAGCCAUUGCUGGGGGACUGCUCUUGCCAAGUGGACCAGGACUGUUUGAUCCGUGUGAGAAGGACCCAACUGAUGCAUUGGCUCACCUUGAUAAGCAACAAUGUGAAGAUAUCACAGCAAGUGCACAGCAUGCACUUCGCCUGAUCGUGUUUCGCCAGAUCCACAAGGUGCUUGGCAUGGAAGCCUUGCCUGUUGAAGCACGUACACCAAACCGUCAUGGCUUCCGUCGCAAGCGUCGCCACAACGAGAGCGAGGGUGGUGAAAAUGGAGAUGGGAAGAAGGACAAGAAAGAUGAUGAAUCUGACGUCAAGAUGGAGGCGGCCGACACGAAAGCUGAGGCAAGCAAAUAAAAGCACCGUCAUUGAAAAUAGAAUAUUUGUAAGAGACUUCACCCAACUCUUUCCUUAUUGAUAACAAAUUGUUGAUCUUUGCAAAAUCGUUAUGUUUGUAGUAUGGCUAGUGGAAUGUAGUGGUGUUUGUAAAGUAUCCCUGUUGAAUGGAAACCCAGAGUCUGCGUACGUAAGAAGAGGAUAUCUCUGUUUUUCUUUUCUUUUUCUUCUUGCAUAGACAGAAAUUCUGUCAAGCACAGAAAUAGCUAUUAAAUUCCAGUCAUGUCGCUUUUUGUUUUGAGCUGAAUUUGUAGAUUGAAAGGUACGCUAGACUGAUUGGUUCAUCGUAGUUUUCACAAUGUGGCAUGUUACAACAUAAUUAUAACUAAGCAACCAAGAUAUUUUGUGUCGGUAAAUACCUUCUAAUUAUUAACAUUACUCAAAUUUGUGGUAAUAAUCUACAUUUCGAGCAAUAAGUCACUUUGUGAAAACUGCGAUGAGUGACUUAUUGAGUGCAAGUUGUAAAUAACAAAAACUAGGCAGCGAUUUUUAGACCUAGAAUAACAAUUUUUUUUAAUAAGGAAGUGAUGGAAGUCCUUAAUUUAUUAGUGAUCUUCUGUCUCCAUGUCACUUAUCUUAAGGUUUGCAAUCCACGCCUUUGUUUCAUUUCAAAUGAUUUUAUGGAUUCAGUUAUAUUGUUUACUUCUGUGGGGAAAUCCUUUCGUUAGUAAUGGAGGAUCUCAUUUAUCGUUUAGUGCAUAAUAUUGGCAUUUACAAUUUCGCACAGUUUCUAAACAUUUGUCUUGGUUAAGAUUUCUUCGGAAUAGGUUGUUUAGAUUGAAGUCAGUCUUCAUUUUGGACUAGAGAUUAUAUUUUACUUUUUGCUAAUAUCCGAAAUAUCAUCUUUGGGUCAUUCAGACAGUUAUCAUUGCAGUAUGAUUUUGACUUGAAUUUGACCUUUGACCUGCUCUAUAAAUAGCUUCAUAAGUAAUGAACUCUUUAAAUGUACCUUAUUUAGAGAUGUGCUUCAAUAUUGUAAGUAAAAGAGUUGAGGUUAUAUGUACAAUGCUCGACGUCAACAGUAUCAAGAUUAUUGCUGAAUGUGGAAUUAAAACAGACUUGAUGUUUAUUCUUCGGAAGAGUUUUAAGAUUGUUUUUUCUUCGUCCAAAAGGGAGGUAAAAAAGUACUUUAAAUAGGCAGAUACAUGUAGUCUGUUUUACAAAAUGAUUUUGAAGAUUGCCGAUUGUAAAAUCUUUUUCCCUGGUAACACAGAAUAGUGUGCUUAAAUGUCUUUGUAUUAUAGUAUUAAACAAUGAGAGUGCAGCGGUACCAGUUGUAUUAUACUCAUAACUGUAUUGUGUAGUUUUCAUAAUAAUAAGAUGUCCGUUUUUAGAUCCAUGCUUAAUUUUGAAUGUGUUUAAAAUGUCAGCAAUUAGUUUGUUUUGUAUUUUGUAGUUGUAGGUCAUUAAGCAUAGUGACAAGUUUAUUAUUUUUUAUUGAUUAAAAAAGUUCUUCGGUCAAAAAUAUUUUCUUUGAGCACACUAGUGUUUGGAAAUUCUUUAUUUGGAUCCGAAAGAAAUUUAACUCAUUGAGAUUUUGAAUAUGAACACCCACCUGAGGCAAAGCUCAUAUUUCAGCCGUCUAUUUUCUUUUGGUCAACCUUUUUUGAUAGCAUGAGAGCUUACCUCUGUGCCUGAUAGGAAGUUGGCAAAGAUUUCUUCUCCAGUUUCAGUCACAGAGUUGUUUAUUAGAAGCAAGGACAAGCCAUUUGAAACCCCUGAGCUGAGAGAGAUUGAUCUGUAAUAUCUGCUUUAGUGAUUUAGGCAUGCGACUACUUUGUUCUUUGGUGUAUAGUCUGUCAACAUUUAAAAAUCAAAGUUAGCGGUGGGUGGUUCUGUCAACAAGCCUUAACUUUUAAAAAGAUACAAACAUUCGCAAUGAUUUGAGCUCAAGUGAAAAUAGUUGGGAUAUGCCCCUCUGUUGUUGUGAAAGUUAAUGGACUGUAAACUGAGGGCUAAGAAAGAAAUUAUAUCAAACCUUUUACCAAAUCCAUCAUGAUAAUUUUGCCAUGCAGGCAUGCUUCAGGGUAUUGAUACUGUCGCAAGCUAUCAUAGAAUGAAAAUAUUUGUGACUGCAUGGGGUUUAGGUUGAAUGGCAUUUUCCUUGCAUCGUAGUUAUUUUGAUUGCUUGCGGUUGUAUGGCCGAACUUACAGUAGUAAUAACGUUUGGGGGGGGGGGGAACUGUUUUACUUGUUUCGCAUCAAAAAAAUUGGUCCUUACAACCUCUCAUGCAGUCAUAAAUGGUGACAAUUUACGCCCAGUAUUCUCUGCUCUUUCACCCAAAACUAAAGUUGGAGAAGGCCCCAAAUACACUCAAGUGAAGGUAUUGGGUAACAGGCUGAUGGUAUGAUAACCCAGUUUACACUGUAAAGUACAGUUUUCUUUGAUCAUAUUUUUAAAAUGUGUUUUUAGGGCAACUUUUGUGUAAUAAUAAUAUUAUUUGUUGUAUGUAAGAAACAUUGUCAGAAUAAUAUGUGUGUUCUCUGGCUUUGUGAAUAAAAUAUUGAAUCAAAAUUAA